AUGUCCCACGCUGAGGAUUACGAGCAACAGAACGUGCACGAGGUCUAUCAGCAGAUUGCCCAGCACUUCUCUGCGACCCGUUAUAAGCCAUGGCCGAUUGUGGAACAAUACCUACAGAAUCUCACGCCUGGAUCUAUCGGCCUUGAUGUGGGCUGUGGAAAUGGCAAGAACUUAAUGGUUAAUCGCAAUGUCUUCAUUAUUGCAUCGGAUCGGUCGGAAAAUUUGGCUCGAAUUGCUCUUCAGCAUCAACCCCAUUCAGCCGUGGUGGCUGAUAUUCUCCACCUUCCGCACCGAGAUGGGUACUUUGACUUUGCAAUGUGUAUUGCCGUCGUGCACCAUCUGUCUACCCCGGAGCGGAGGGUGCAGGCCAUCGCUGAGAUUCUGCGAACCGUGAAACGCGGCUCAGAUACGCAACCAGGCGGUACCGUCUUGGUUUAUGCCUGGGCCCUGGAGCAGAAGAAUAGUCGUCGUGGCUGGGAUAAAGGAGACCAGCAAGAUAUCAUGGUUCCUUGGGUUCGGAAGAACCCAUCAGCGCCGGAGGAGUCCCAGACUUUCAACCGGUAUUACCAUCUGUUCGAAGAAGGCGAAUUGGAGCGAGAUAUCGAGAGUGCUGGCGGUCAUGUGGUGACGUCGGGAUAUGAGAAGGAUAAUUGGUGGGCUAUCGCCACUCCCAAAGUCAGCCCAGGAUGA